CAUAAGUUCCUUUCCUCUCUUUCCUAGAAACGAUGAGGUUUCUCAAUCUUGCUUUGAUUGUUCUUUUUCUUUCUGUUGUACAUCUCCAGCCAUUCAGUGCUAGCAGGCUCUUGCAUGAAGAAACUAAGGCGGUGAAAAUGGACUUGGUGUUGCAGUCCCUUGAUAGGGAACCCACCCCUCCUUCAGGGCCAUCUGGGUGCACCAACAUUCCUGGCACUAGCGGACCAAUCUGUCACUUGAAGGAGAAACACUUUGCCGGUGAUGCCUUGCCCCGCCCCAAAGCUUAUCCACGUCUAACAGCUCAGUUUGGUGUGGCUACCAAUCAGAAAUGAAGCUUAGCAGCAGUAAAUUAAGAAACUUGGAAAUUUUCCAAUCUGGCAGUUUUUUCAUUCUUUUUCUCAAUUUCGUUUGCAAUUACUACUUUGAUUGAUUAUUUUUCUUCAAUCCAGAAAUUUGAAUCUGUUCUUUGAUAGUUUUCCUAAAUCCUUUGUAGAUCUUCAAAGACUAAUAAUCUCAUUGUGAUUAUGGUGUGAGAUUUGUAAAUUUGAACACAGAAAUGAAUUACUUGAUUACUA